AAAGGGUCAAAUGCCCUUUGGCCACAAAACAGAAAGAGUUGAACUGAACAGCUGGAAACAAAAGGACGAAAGACAAAAUAUUUGGGUCCAGAAAUUCUGUGUACGACUGUAUGGUUUACACAAUGUUGCUGGUUUUUAGUAUACAGUACAUUCUCUUUUUGCUGCCUCAAGCAAUAGAUUCACAGCUCGUGUCAUGUUACUUUAAGUUUGACACAGACACAGGGAAUUGUGUGAGCCGCAUAGGGGACGUCACACAAGAUGAAUGCUGUUUCAACAGUCAAUACGGCUUCAAAAAUGAAAAUGGGGAAUGUGUGUCCUGUCGCAACGCCUCCUGGUCUGCCUGGUCGCCAUGGGGUCCUUGCUCAGUGUCUUGUCUGAAAGGCGUUCAACAAAGACGACGAAGAUGCGAUGGGAUUGGAAAGUGCAAUGACUCCAAAAAUCUUGGGACUCUGCAAACAGCAGUUUGUGAAGAUCAAGACUGCUGCCCUGAGCAAGGUGGAUGGGGAGAAUGGGGAGCAUGGCAACCUUGCUCUGUGACCUGUGGGAAAGGUGUGUCCAGGAGAGAGAAACCGUGCAACAACCCACCGCCCAAAUGUGGAGGAGGCUGUGACGGCCCAGGACAAGAUACUCAAUCAUGUGAAACAGGAGUCGUCUGCCCAACACAUGGUAGCUGGUCAGACUGGGGAACUUGGAGUCCCUGUUUGGGGACGUGUAGAAUGGAGGGUGCCACUCCACCGCCAAGGGAACGCAGGAGGACAUGCACCAACCCUUCACCAUCAUCUGUGCCAGCUGGGCGUCCCUGCCAAGGCCCUGACACUGAUACACAGGAUUGUUAUUCACUACCAAUAUGUCCUACCCAUGGUGCUUGGGGGGCAUGGAGCUCCCUCUCGGAAUGUUCAGUGACCUGUGGAGUCGGCCUACAAUCCAAGACGCGAAAGUGUAAUAACCCAGCACCAAAAUAUGGUGGAAACGCUUGCUUGGGGGACCACAAUGCAUAUGCAAUCUGCAUCAUACAAACACACUGUCCAGUGGAUGGAGAAUGGGGAGAGUGGAGAGAGUGGGAGACAUGCAAGAAAGAAACAUACAACAGACCAAUCAGCUGCACCAAAAAGGCUGGCUCACAGGCUCGGCGGAGGAGCUGUUUGUUCAGGGACUUUGGUGGGAAAGCAUGUGAUGGUCUCCCUGUUGAACACAGGCUUUGCUAUGACAUUAAACACACAACUGAACGGCCUUGUGAAAAGCCUGCUCACUAUACAGAGUGGACCGAGUGGGGUUUGUGCAAGCCUUCCUGCGGAGCAGGUUCGAAACGACGGAGAGGUCGACUGUGUGUGGCUGAUAUCCCAGAAUUUGAGAAAACCACCUAUGGAGAUGUCUAUUAUUCUGGACUACCCAGACUGAAAUGCUCCCCAAUACUUAUGGGUAUAAACAAGACGCAAGAGGAACCCUGUCUCAACGUGCCUGCAUGCUAGGGUGUGCUGUUCCUGUCCUCUGGGAAAAUGGAAGAUAAUGUAGAAAGUGAGGGUGAAAAUGAAUACAUAAACAUGUGCAAAUUUGGAACUCACAUUUUAAAAACCUGUCAUGCAUGUUUUAUAGUUUGCAGUGUGUGAGAAUUUUAGUUGUAAAAAAGAUACAGGAUCUCUUUCUCCUUUUCAGACACAGCUUUUGGAACUCACAUUUUAAAAACCUGUCAUGCAUGUUUUAUAGUUUGCAGUGUGUGAGAAUUUUAGUUGUAAAAAAGAUACAGGAUCUCUUUCUCCUUUUCAGACACAGCUUUAUUCUAUGGGCUCUGUGCACCACUUGAAGUCAGCAAACCAAUUUCCAGUUUGUUGACAUCAGUUCAGUUGUUCCAAAACGUGUGCUUACCGAAAAUCCUUCCCUCCUUAUAUUGUGCAGCCACUGCACGUAGGCUGGCGUUUUUUGGGAAAACGUGGAAGCUAAAAUCGCUUUUAUAACGACUUGAAGCCAAGCAGAGCGGCAUACAGCAGUGCUCAUUAGAGCCGCCCACGGACAUUACCAGUGUUGCCAGAUUGGGUUGAGUGAUUUCCGCCCAAUCAUGUUCAAAAACCCGCCCUCUUCAGCAAAAAAACGGCCCAACAAGAAAUUUGUCAUAGAAAAACCAUUUAACUGAAAUUUUAUGUGCCGCCUAAGGCAUAUUUCCCCCCGCCCGACGAAGUCAAAAGGAGCCCAAUUGAGCGGGCACCCACCCAAUCUGGCAACACAUAAACCAAUGAAGAUUGCUGACAAAAAGGAACCAACGCUGCCAUCUUUGCCCAUAUAAGGAGAUACAGGUGUUAAUUGAAGCUAACUACCUAUGGCAACUUGCAUUGCAAGUUAGCUCUAUGGUAGCAAAAAUCAAAGUGUGCCGUCUUAACAUACCGAAGAUCACAGUAUCCACUAGAAGGCAGAGAACGAAAGUGUGUAGAGCAAAACGUCUGCAUUUCCGAUUUCUUUGUCCCCGCGAGAGUUUAAAAGGUGUGAUAAUUCAAAAUCCCUAUUUAAUUUUCUCAUAGAACCCUUCAAUGUUUGUAAUCAUCCAGAGCCUAGGUUGGGUGCGCGCACAGCAUGCAGGUCAGAAAAAUGGCACAGCUAAUAAACUGGCAUCAGAGAAUGUCUAAUAAAUAAAUAAAUCCGUAGACGGACUCUGCCGGCAUGUUGAGCUGUCAAGGUAUGCACUGUCAUUGUUACCCAAGGGCUGCGAACCGUACCUUAAUAAAUUAAGUCUUAACUAAUGGCGAUUGUCUGCCUGAUCCUGAGCUGAUAACAGAAUGGGUAGACAACAUUAGCAAGUAGCCAGAGAUUCAUUAGCCCGACAUAUUCGGCUAUCUGGUUGACAAGCCCAGCGUGUAUAGGCUACAUGCAAAAAAGUAGUACAAGUAAGCAUUUGUCUUGACAUUUCUUUGACGUUUUAGUCAAUUCACACACACACACAAUUCAAUGGGAUGGAAAGCUUUCUGACCCCGACAUGUGAACACCUUUUCUGUGACAAAGGGUCUAUAGGAAAAAUCUCAAGAUCUUAUAUGGGCAAAGAUGGAGUAAUGUAGCUUUUAUAGGCUUACUUCAGAGGUAAGGUACAAAUAAAGCACUCAUCUUCAGGUCCUUGUUGAUGAACAGGAAACUAUAGUUUGCCGACUUCAAGUAAGCUAGUGCACAGAGCCAAUAUAGAGAACAAUAAAAUCCACAUCCGUCUAUUCAGCUGCUCACUAACUAUUCUCACAGAGGAACAUGUCACAAGUAGCCUAUCGCUGGAGAGUCUGCUGGACUGCCUUUCUGAUGAAAAUGACCUCACAAAUGUUGUAUUUAAGAUAUUAAAGGUUUACCUACUUUUUGUUUUCUUCAAGAGCAGUAAACAUUAAGAAAAUUA